CCCACACUCCCAAGCGAUGGCAUUUACGGAUCGAUCAACGGGAGCGCGUUGAGGCUCUGAGUAAUGCAGUCUCUGUUCGGCGGAGGAGAGUUGGGGCUGCUGGGAGGAGGCGGCGACGCAGGGGGCCUGAAGGAGGAUGGCUGCGGCAGCGUGGCGUGGCACUCCUCGCAGCUGCCCCCCGACGACGUCUACUCGGCCUCCCACUUUGCCCUCAUCACCGCCUAUCAGGACAUCAAGACGCGGCUGGCUUGCCUGGAGCGUGAGAACACCAGCAUCAAGAGGAAGCUCAAGAUCUAUGAGAUCAAGUUUCCUAUGAUCAAUGAGUUUGGGGAGGACACCAACUCCUACUGCUCCUUCGAGAGCAAGGAGACGGCGCUGCUGCACUCGGAAAAUGGCAACCUGCAGCAGAGAGUCAACGUCCUGACCCACGAGCUCCAGAAGAGGAAGGAGAGAGAGGAGCAGCUGGAGGAUGUGAUCCAGGCCUACGAGAAGAUUCACAUGGAGAAGAGCAACCUCCAGAGGGAUCUGGACAAGAUGACCAGCCUGGUGGAGAAGCACGUGGAGCGUAUCCUGGGUCUGGAGUCAGCUCUGCGGCAGAGAGAAAACUCCCUGCAGAAACUCAACAUGCAGCUGCACAGCAAAGACAUGCAGUACCUGCAGCUGCACGCCGGCCCCGACACACACAUGCUGGAUUGUCCGGCGUUAACCCUGCAGAGCUCCCGCAGCCUGGACGCUCUGUCCGACCUGAAGCUGCAGCGGCUGGAGGCCGAGCUGGAGGGGGCGCGGCACGAGGCCCAGGGGGCAUGUCAGCGGGAAGAGGAGCUGAAGGGGGAGUGUGAGAGGCUGAAGGAGGAGAUGAGGAUGCUGCAGAAUAGCCAGAGGGACAGGGAAAUGACUUCCCCGUGCAAGCAGUGCGAUGUGGAGUGGAUAAAGAAGGUGGGAGACGAGCAGGUGAAUUUGGCUCUGGCCUACACGGAGCUGACAGAGGAGCUGGGACGCCUCCAAGCGCUGAGCUCCAAGCAGACGGAGAUCCUGAGGAAAGCGUCACAGGAGCAGGCCAGUCCAGUCCAGCGUCACUCUCCCAUCCACCACCAGCGCCACUCUCCAGUAUCUCAGCGCCACUCGCCCAUCUCACAGCGCCAUUCCCCAGUCCCGCCUCCACAACACCACUCUCCAAUCCAACAGAGACGCUCUCCGGUGCUGCAGCGCCUCUCCCCAGACAUGCACCGCCGCUCCCCCCUGCUGGACGUCAACGACGGACCGGCCUCUUACUCCUGCCGGCCGCCCAGCCAGCACCUGAGGGCCAGCUUCCAGGGCCGGCGCAGUUACUCCGAGGUUGCUGACCCCUCUGCUUACCAGUGCCCUCCUCGCUUCUCCCUGGACCCUGUCUCUACCCUGCCUAAACCUCGGCCCUACAUUGAGGGCUACGCAAAACAGCAGCCCCAACAUGUGGGCUCUCCUCACGCUGGACUGCAGCACAGAAGCUCCCCGUCUCCUCAUCAAGGAGGUGCAGGAGGAGACGGGGGCCACGGGGAGAGCUCUAUGCGCCACUCAAGAGAGAUGCCAUUCCCGCUCUCUGAGGUGGCACACCUGCAUUUUGAGCCCCCUCCUCCUUCCACGCCGGCACCCCAGCCCCCACAGUCUUCUGAGGAUGAGGAGGAGUGGACCUGUCCGCAUCCCAUCAGCCCCCCGCGGACGCUCGGCGUGCUCUCCUCCGCAGUGCCCAGCGGCGUCAUGAGAGGCCCGGCGUCCUGCUCAGUCUUCCCCAUCCCUCAGCGCUCCAACACCCUCAGCUGCCACCCGCAGCCGGGCUACAUGUCAGCAGAGCACGCUCAGUCCUGGCCUUCCAUCAACCUCUGGAUGGAGACCGAGGAAAGCGACAUGCGGAGCUGCCCUCUCUGCCAGCUGAUAUUCCCCGUCGGUUACCCUGACGAUGCCCUCAUCAAGCACAUCGACUCCCACCUGGAGAACAGCAAGAUCUGAUUGCCAUGGCAACCAGCCCGCACACAUCUGCGAUCUCCUCUUAUAGAUUAUGCAAGAGGAUCAGCAGACCUGGCCAGGAUGGAAAGUCAGAACGUAGGAUCACCAGUUAGCUAUGUGUGAUAAUCUAUAUGUAGGGAUGCAAAAUGGGCGCAGAGAGUCCUGUUAUAUUUUGGAGGUACUUAGAAAUGGGUCUGUUUCGGGCUUCAUGCAGAGCUCUUCACUGAUCGGCCUGAAGACUGCUGCCUGUAUAAUCACUGGCUCUGGUUGCUGCUGUUUUGUUAUGAGUCUUGUUGUGCGGUUUCAGACAGUUUCAGGUAUUGUGUUGUUUUUCGCUUCACAGUGUAUUUUGAUUUAGCAAAGUAAGCCAAAGACGAGGUAUGAGAGGCACACUGGCAGGUUCAGAGGGCUCUGCAUUUCAAAAAGUCAAGUGUCACUGUUCAUCAGUAAAUGAUCAGGGAGGCGUAUUUUCUUUUAUUGUUCUUCUUUUUGACAGUCUAUUCUCACCACUUAGCUUUAAAUACUGUACACAUGCUUGAGAAUUUUCUACAUCACACACACAAACUUCUAUACACCUGCUUGGAAAUUUUCUAUCCCGCAGACACAAACUACAGUUUAUUUUGCAGGGGUUUCCAGUGUUUCCCACAGGCUUUUAGUAUCCAUAGCGCAGCGCAGGUGAAGCUCUCCAUGAGUUCUUUUUUUUCAGCUGUUUGUGAACCGCAGGGUGUAUAAUUGAUCCGUCAAUCCAUUCAGAGCUGAUUAAAUCGAUAAAAGAGGGGAGCAGCUGCGAGUGAAUACAAACUUUUAGAUCCAGCAGGAUGAACAGUUUUAUUUUCUAUGGGCCUUACGUUCCACUGCUCCAU